UAAGUCAGUCUGUGGCAGUUUGUCUUAAGUGGGUACCUGGAAAGACAUGAAGUGACGGGAGUCGAUGGAAUCCUGUAAUUCUUAACGACACUCGUGUUCAUUAUUUUCUUUUAAUAGUAUGCUGCCGUGGGGAUGUGUUGUCGCUGUUAUCGUGACCUCCCGUCUUGUGGCAUUUCGCUUGCUAAACAUGCUUUGCAAACGCGUCUGUUUUCCAGAGGUUUUUCCUGCACUCCUGGCUCGCUUCAUCCCGUCGGCAUUUCUGGUGUUUUGGGGGAACAAGCAAUACUUCGGUUCCUUCGGCCCAGGAUAACUACAGACCACAGCAAAAUGGUGAGUUAACGUGAGUGAACGUGAGAACUGCAGCAUUUUUUUCUAGGUGUUCUCUUUUCUAUAUUGUGGCAAUAGUUCUGGGACUUUUGAAUGUACUUCUUAUAAGUUUGCUGCUGUACCAGUGGAUUCUGUGCAAAGGCCCCGGUGACUCUGCUUGUGCCAGCUGUUCUAGCUGCCCAGACUUCUGGAUGAGAUAUAAGAACCAUUGUUAUUAUUUCUCAGUGGAGAAAAAGGACUGGAAUUCUAGUUUGGAAUUCUGCACAGCCAGUGACGCACAACUCCUUAUGCUUAUGGACAAUCAGGAAAUGAGCCUGCUCCAAAAUUUAAUCAAUCAGGACUUUCACUGGAUUGGUUUGAGGAAAAAUUCUAGUUGGAGGUGGGAAGAUGGAUCACCUCUAAACUUUUCAAGGAUUUCUUCUAACAGCCUCGUACAGAGGUGUGGUGCUAUCAGCAAAGAGGGUCUCCACGGCUCUAGCUGCGAAGUUCUCUUACAGUGGAUCUGUAAGAAGGCCAGACUUUGAUGGAAUGCCGCUCUGCCCUGAGUCUCAGAUCUAUCAUAUAUCUUUAAAAAGAAGGAAGUGGCCACUGGGAUAUGUUGGGCCAGGCAUAAGUAUGUAUUUAGUGAAUGCAAAACUGACUAAGAUAGGGCAUUGUAUAGAAGACUAAUGCUGUUUCCUAGGAACUGAGGCUUCACUGAUGGAUUAUCUUUGAGAUUAUUUCAGCAUUACGUGAAUAGUUUACAUCCCAGAUUUAGAUAAAUUUAUGAAAUACAUAAAAGUUUGCUUUUAGGUGUUUACUCUAGCAACUUGUGCUGGCUGCCUUAUCGCUACUUUCGUCUCUGUCAAACUUACACUUUUUCCUUCAUCAGCAGAUUAAUGGAUAAAGAAAAUGUGGUCUAUAUACACAGAAGAAAAUUACUGAGCUAUAAAAAUGAAUGAAAUCUUGUUAUUUGUAGUAACAUUGAUGAGCUAGAGGACAUUCUGUUAAUCCAGACAUAGCAAGACAAACCCUUUAUGUUCUUACUCCGGUAUGUAAGCUAAAAACCAGUUGAUCUCAUAUAAGCAGAGAAUAGAAUAGUGGUUACCAGAGGCUAGGAAAUGGAGAGGGUAAUACAAGUUACUUAACAGAUUUGAGGAGUAAUUUCUAGUAUUUUGUAUCACAAUAGGGUGACUGUAGUUAACAAUAAUUUAUUAUGGACUUCAAAACUGCUGGAAGGAGGACUUUGAGUGCUCCCUUAUGUUUGAAGAAAUGGAAGUGCUAAUCACCUUAUUUGAUCAUUACAACUUUGUGCAAGUGUUGAAUACCACACUGAACCUCAUAAAUGUCUGCAAUUACUAUGUACUAAUUAAAAAUAAAAACCAAUAAGACAAAUAAAAAUGUAAAAAUA